AUGUUGUCAAGAGCUAUUUCAACCUUUGCAAAGAACCAAGUUCUUCAAAAAUCACUUUAUUAAGGAACUGCUCCUCUUUACAAUUUCACAAGAUUUUCUGAGAAGCUCAACAGAGUUAAGAGCAAAUCCAAUGAAGGUUUUGCCUAACCUGAUAACGAUUCAGCCAUGCAUCAUGUUAUUACUAAUGAUGGAUUGAACGCUUUCAUUACUAGAGUUUACAAGACUACAGGUUUAGGUAUUAUGGGUGCUUUGAGUACCUCUACUUUAGCCGUCUCUUCUGGUUUAGCAUACACUAGUCCUCUUUUCUGCGGUCUCGGAGGAUUCGUUAUGGCUCUUGGAGGUAUUUUGGGAAGCAGCUACAUGAGUCCCAAUUAUUAUUCUGAAGUCAUUAAAGGAUAAGUUCACUAAAAGACUUCUAACACUCCUAUGAGAUUGGGUCUCUACAGUUUAGGUAUGGCUGGAUUGGGAUUGUCUUCUUCUGUCCUUUUCGGUUCUCUCCACAUGAUUAAUCCUGCCAUUUUACCUUUAAGUAUUGGUAUUACUGGUGCCGUUUUCGGUUCCGCUUCUCUUUAUGCUCUUUACAAGCCAAAGGAUUCUCUCCUCUCUUGGGGAAGCAGCUUAUACGCUGGUUUAUUCGGUAUGAUUGGUUUACAAUUAGCUGGUGCCUUGACCCAACUCUUCAUGGGUCCUAACUUAUUUACAUUCAUGUGCCACAGAGCUGACUGCUUCAUUGGAGUCGGUCUUUUCACUGCCAUGGUUGCUUACGAUACCCAUGUUGCCAUUAAAUAAUACGAAAUGGGCAAUGCUGAUCACUUGGGUGUUUCUAUCGAUUUUGCUUUAGAUUUCUGGAAUAUUCUUACACGUGUUGCUCAAAUUUUGGGAAUAUAUAGCAAGGACGAUUGA